UCCCUCAAAGAAUGGCAGAGACAGCAAACAGCUGCUUUUCUCUACACUAGAGGCCCAGGGGAGAUAGAGAAGCCACUUUCCUCCAGGAGAGGGCUGAUAACAUUCACUGACUUUGUCUUAACCCUGCACCGGGACUGCUUCAGUCAGGAGUGUCUUCCACAGCUAAAAGCAAGUAAAUCUGGAGGCCAAGGUCAGGCCUUCCUUUUUUUCUGUCACCACAUAGCUGUGCUUCCUUCCACAGAUCUUCUGUCACCAUGAAGGCGACCCUCUCAGUUGCUGUCCUUGUUCUAGCCCUCUCAGUGCGGACUUCCUUCGCAGUUGAUUUCCUCCUUCCUAUGAGCUCUCGCAUGACUGAGGAGCUCCUACAAGAGACAAAGGCCUUAUGCAAGGAGAAUGUGAAGAUCUGCUGGAUGCUCUCCUACUACAAGAUCAGUGAGUUUAUAUGUGCCACGGACGAGAACACCUACAAUGGCGAGUGCCACCUCUGCUUCGGAAUUCUGUGA